AUGGCGGCGGCGGGCGGCGAUGGCGGCGCGGCGGCGGCGGCGGAGCUCGGGGCUGCUGAGGGCGGCGGCGGCCCGGCCCUGGCGGCGGCCCCGAGCCGCGCCCAGGUGUUCGCCACCGUGGUAGACACAUUCCUGGAGAAGCUGGUGGCCGCCGGGAGCUACCAGAGGUUUGUCAACUCCUACCGCUGCUUCUACAAGCUGCAGCCCCAGCUGACCAGGAGCAUUUAUGAUCAGUUCAUCUCCCAGCUACAAGCGUCCAUAAAGGAGGAGAUCCAGGAGGUGAAAAACGAAGGGAAUCUGGAGGGACUCUUCAGUUCACUGGAUAAGAUUGUGGAGGAGGCAAAGGACCGGGAAGAGCCAGCGUGGCGGCCCAGCGGGAUCCCGGAGGACGACGUGCGCAGCGCCAUGGUGCCCUACUUGCUGAAGCACCGCUCCCACCUGCGCAGGGUUCUCAGGGAGAAGGAGGAGCAGAACAGGAAGGUGGCUGAGUCCGUGCUGAUGGGGAGGGACAGGAUUGCAGAGUUGGAGCGGCUGAUCCAGGCUCGCCAGCAGGCCUGGCAGGCAAUCAAUAAGGAGCAACGAGAACUCAUCAUGACGUUCCAGGAGCCCCAGUGAGGCUGCGGGACGUCCCACAGGCUCUGCUGAGACAGUUCAUCCUUCCAAAGCACUGAUGGGACAAGGUGUGUGCAGAACCUAAACAGAGAAUCACCCCAUCUGCCCACUGGAGACUGCAGAGGGACUGAAAUGGCUGCUGGACUGGCAUGGUCUGAUCAGAUUUGGUGCAGAAACAAAAAACCUAUCAGGAUCUUUGGAAAUGGAUGUCUGUUCCCUAUUUUCCACUCAAAGAGGAGUGUCACAAAGUGUGUCUGUGCUCUCAUCUGCUCCACUCAGUACUGUGACAGGCCUGGUCCCAGUUUCCAAAGCCACAUUUGGGUUCUUGUAGCUGUUGUAGCUGUGUGUUAGACAAAAUUCAGUGCCUUAAGCCCCAGGCCUGAGGAGCCCAGGAGCAGGAGCACGCACAUCUGAGGGUGGGUCACAGUCAGUGCUCCUGCCUGUGCUUGCAGGUUCAUUCAGUUCUCAUGGGUUCGAACCUCUGCCCAUUGCAGAUGUGGCAGCAGCUGCUCCACCAAGUUCCUUGUUACCAUUCAUUCUGUUCUCCAAGUUAUUUUCUAGCCCUGGUCCCCUCCCAGCAGCCUGAAGUAUCCAGGGUCUGUGCAGAGGUUGGAGUGGCCCUGCCUGCGCUUUGUGGGCUUGUGGCACAGGGAUUUAAUGUUUCUUUUCUGUGGAACCUUCUAGAACCAGACUGGUUUUCCCCACCCACAGUUGUCUGUUACUGCCUCAUCGGAAGUUUGUGGCCUGGGGCAGCAGAGGCUCCCAGGAUCUCCCUGGCAGAGCCCCGUGAGUGAUUUGUGCCUCCAGCAUGAACAGGUUGUUCCUCGGGGCUGGGAGGGAAUGAGGAGAGUCCCCCCACACCUGGUGAGGACUGAGAGAGGCUCUGAGUGCAGCAGCCACUGAGGGCAGCAGGUUCUGUGGUCUCUGCCCCGGGGAGAGGCCGUGCUCUGUGACAGACUGGGGAGCAGCGGUGGCUGCUCGCACCACGCCCCAACCUCUGCUUGCAAUUAGAGCCUGCGGCAGAGUGGCUGCAGCAGUUUCCCCUCUGCCUCCCCUUGCUGUGCUGGAAUCUCAAUAAAUUGGGGCUGUUGUUCCCUGCUUGGCUCCUGCUGC